AGCUGUCCAACAUGCCGCCAUAAAUUGGGGUGACGUCUCAUGAGCAAAUCAGACGUUCGCCAGACCUGAGAGAGAUUGGCACUUGGCAGAAGAUAGAGAGGACCUAAGAAAACACAAGGGCAGAACAGGAGGAGCACGUUCAGACUGAAGCCGCUAUGACAAGUUUUCAUUCUCCCGCACUACUGCUGCCCGUCCUGCUGCUGUGGGCGGCGUGUAGUGUGUCAGACGUGCAGGCUGAUGCCAGGACAGUCAAGCUGUGCGGCCGAGAGUUCAUCCGUGCCAUCGUCUACACGUGUGGGGGCUCCAGGUGGAGGAGAUUCGGCAGUCCCCUGGAUAUGGAAGGGUUUUUGAAUGCAGAUCUAAGCAGUUCUGAGGAUCUGAGUGAGAGUCUGGGAUCUGACCUGACCAGACGAGACCUGAAUAGCGUUUGCUGUCAGAUGGGCUGCAAGAAAAGUGACCUCACAUUGCUCUGCUGAGAACUGAACCUGUGUUUUUCUAUUUGUUUCUCACCAUAUGUUUUCUUCCACAUCGGGUUCAGAUGAAUAUGAACAUCUCUAUAAGUGUACAGUCAGCUGUGAUUCACGUAACAGCUUAAUUUGCCAGUAGAUGAUACUAAUUUAUGUAAAAAGCAUGUCUAAUUUGGGAUUAGAUCAUUCUGCUUCACUUGUACUCUAAGAUGCACCAUGAAAUGUGGUUUAAUAUCAGCAGUGAAAUCACAUAGUGAGGUCCACAGCACUAAUCUUGCAUUCAAAGUGUUUAAUUGUAACUUGUAUUUGACAAUUUUGUCAAUAAACAUUAUUGCAUAUGCAUAAAAGG